AUGGGACAGGGCACACCCGAUCGGACGCGGCGUGGAAUCGAGGCCAAGGCCAAAUACCCUUUGCUGGGCUUUCGGGGAGCAUUUCUGGAGCGCUGCCGUGACCCUCUCAGAAAGAAGAUCAUGCAGCUUGUGCUUGUGGGUUUUGUGCUGGCCCUUUCGCUGAUCUCUGAGUCCACCUCUGUGCCUACAGAGAAGAGCCUUGUGGAUGGAGAACCCCUGAAUGACUCUGCCGCCUUACCCCAUGAAAGAUCCAAGACCCCAGAAAAAGAAGACGUCCCAAGCAUGCCAGAGUUGAGAGAGAUGCUUGCCAUGGUCCCCCCAGAAGACAACCCAGAACAUCCCCAGCCCCAGCAACACCUGAGCGUACGGCCCAGAUCCAACUUCCAGCCCUGGCUCCACGGAGGGCCGGAGGAACCUGUGUGUAGGGUGAAACUGGAUGGGAGCAGUACCUGGGGCCCCAACCACCUGGAAGUUGUGGGCCUCCUCAACAGCUAUGAUGAGCAGUUCCUGAAGGCACUGAGCAGAGCUGCCUGGAGCAAGGAGGAAAUGGAGCUGUUCGGACUUUGUCCCACUGACUUCCCCCAUGGUCACCUCUCUUUUCUCCAGCACGUUGGCCAUUAUCUGGCCAGUCCAGGGGACAACCACUUUCUCCUGCUUCAUCUGGAGGAAGUGAAAUGGGAGGCAGAGACUAAGCUGAGGUUCAAGCUGACUGUCCAAGAGGAUGUUGAGUCAUCCCUCGGCCUGCCACAGUUCGCCAUGCUCGUGUUUUACCAGGGAAGAAAGGAGUCUGCCGUCUCCAGCCCCAGGCAGAUGCUCCUAAUGAGCGGAGAGGGUCUCUAUCGACAGCAGGUUGUCUGCCUCUCUAGGAGCACCCAGUACAUUGUCCUUUGGGGUGCCUUGCUGUUCGGAAGACAUACUCCAGGGCAACUAAGCUUUGAACUUUCCUUAGAAAUCCGGCGUCAAAGCUCCACAGGUCCUGUCCUCUCUGCGCAGGAAGCCCAAGACCUCCUGUUCGGCUUUGACGCCAAGUGCUUCACCCGCAUGACCCCAGCAGUGUUGCUGAUGGUGAAGCGAAGGCCUGGAGGCCCAACUGUUUCUCCAUCUUCUUUCCUUACUGCUAACGGCAAGCUGGACACGGCCCCAUACCUGCCUCCCAGCAGUUUGCCGACUUCUGACAUGACCGAUGUCCCAUCCUUGGGGACCACUUCCCCCAGCCAGGCAAACGUCUCCGAGCCGGUGCCCAGAAGCACCACGCAGUUUGUCGAGAUGCUUUCACAGUUCGUCAACCAGGUGCUAAAGCCCGCCAGCCAGCCGGGUCCCACCCCCAGGGUGCACCUGCAGCUCGAUGUUGCCACGAUGGAGGCUCUUCCUCACAUGCUGCUCAACCUCUCGGAGAAGGUGGCCUUUGAGCAGCUGGUGCAGUCCGAGGACCAUUUGCUUGUCCUUUUUCCGGAGAACAACCAGGCCCUGGUGGGAGAUCAGCUGGGGAUCUGGAACCUGGACGAGAAGCAGCUGCAGCAGCUCCUGGGGAAGCUGCACUCUGUGAUCCAGGAGCUGAGCGCCAUGCCGUCCUUCCGUUCCAACGCAGACCUCUUCCACGCUCUCCUGGGUUUCUGUUAUUACCCCUCUGCGGUCCCGGGGGGCUUCUCCAGCAGCAUUUAUGGGGGGGCUGAGGGGUCCACAACCCAGGGAAAGAUCCACAGCCUUCUCCUGCUCAAAGGCCUCCAGGCGGUGCUGGCUCAUUGGCGCGAGUCCAGGGCACCCUCCCGCGUUAGCCGUAGUGCUCAGAGCCGUGGAGAAUAUUGCCAGCUGCAGGAGCAGCGCGUAAACUUGGCCUCCACCGGGUACGUCAUCCUGCCAGAGUCUUACAAUGCCAACAAUUGUGUAGGUUCCUGCCAGUUCCCACUGUCCACUCGCAUCCCCAAUUAUUUUUCCCACACCAUCUUCCUGCUCCACAUGCACGAACAGGGCAUGCCCCUCCAGCGCGUUCCUUGCUGUGUGCCAGAAAAAUAUUCCCAAAGCUACAUGGCCACAUUUAGCCAAGAUCAAGGUAUGAUAGUUAAAGUCUACCCAAAUAUGGUGGCUGAAUCAUGUGGAUGUCGCUAG